AGGUUGUUGUGUGGAGCUGUAACUGCAUCAACGUGUUACGGUGAAGCGCACUACAACUUCUAUCUGGCCUACUCGACCUCUUCGUUGCUAUUUUGUUUUGUUUCUCUGUUGUUGCUGUGGUUUCCUUCUUACUUACAGUUAUAUCCCACUUCUAGAUUUGUGUACUCUUCACCUUUCCUGUUUCGGUUAUUCAUUUAAUCAUUUUUCAUUACUAGAAUUAUUUUCGGAGUGUUUCUUUUAUUUUUCCUUUUCUUCCCCUUAAUUGAUUUGGCUGCUUGCACGCCUGGCGUAACAAGAGAAGAAGAAUCUAUGGUAUUUGUGCCUCCCGCUGCUGCUGAUCUUUGCUCCCUGUUCUCUUGUCCGAGUGUGUGUGUGUGUGUGUGCCUCCCAUUCGAUCUUUCGUCAGAGACAAGAGGAUUCAUUUCUCACAUAUACACACCGACGAAAGAAGAGACAUACGAGACGUAAUGCCCCUCACCGCUGCCGGGAUGCGCACGCUGAUGCGCCAAAUGCAGGAGGUGCACGAGCACCCCGUUGACGGCGUCCAGGUGCGACCGUCGGAUACCAUGACCGAGUACCACUUCGACCUGGAUGGGCCGGAAGGGACACCGUUUGCGGCGGGCCGCUUCCACGUUGUGCUGAUCUUCGACGAGCAGUACCCUGAGGUGCCGCCGAAAGGUUUCUUCCGCACCAAAAUAUUUCACCCCAACGUGGCCGAACGGGGCGACAUCUGCGUCAACGCGUUAAAGCGGGACUGGAGCCCACAUGUCGGCCUGCGCCACAUCCUCGCGGUCAUCCGCUGCCUCUUAAUCGAGCCGAAUCCGGAAAGCGCCCUCAAUGAAGAAGCCGGCCGACUCUUGUUAGAGGACUACGCCGCCUACGAGCGCAAGGCGACUAUGUACACCACCAUCAACGCGGCGCGGGCUGACGGGGCAGCUCGAUUUACGCUGCCUGUGGAGGCGACGAGUGUUUCUACGCGCGCCUCCGCCAGUGCAAAGGGCACAGAGGACGGCGCGGAAGGGCAGGCGCACGUUGGAGGGAGUAAGCUCACGGUGACGGAGGCGAAUUGCCAUCCUAGCGCCGCUGCUGCGAAGGAGAAGGCGGAGCGGAUGAAGAAGGCGGCGGAGAAGAAGAAAAAGGCGCUGCGACGGAUCUAA